AUGUGCUGGACUCUGUACUACCUGUUCGCUUCGUUGAAGGGAGACCUGCCGUGGGCGCACUGCCGGAACGCCUGGAACACGGUGGAAUGUAAGGACAAAGACAUGCUCGCGCUCGACGCCUGUAUUCUUCGGGACAGAAACUUCUCGUCCAUCAGAAACACUUCCUUCUGUUUUUCGGCGAACGCUGCUGGAAAUCUGAGUAAGAUCCUGAACGCUACAGUUUUUCACAACGAGACGUACGUCAGCCCCAGCGAGGAGUACUUCAAGUACAACGUGCUGCACAUUUCCAAAGGGAUCGAGUUUCCGGGCGACCUGCGCUGGCCUCUGGCCGGGUGUCUGCUGCUGGCCUGGAUCAUCGUUUACGCCUCUCUCGCCAAAGGGAUCAAGUCCUCUGGGAAGGUGGUGUACUUCACGGCCACGUUCCCGUACGUGGUCCUGGUCAUCCUCCUGAUCCGAGGAGUCACUUUACCGGGAGCCUUCGACGGAAUCCUGUACUUCAUCACCCCCAAGUGGGAGAAGCUCAACGACGCCAAGGUUUGGAAAGACGCAGCGACUCAGAUCUUCUUCUCUCUCUCUGCGGCCUGGGGCGGCCUCAUCACACUGUCCUCAUACAACAAGUUCCACAACAACUGCUACAGAGACACCAUCAUCGUCACCUGCACCAACAGUGCCACCAGUAUCUUCGCCGGCUUCGUCAUCUUCAGCGUCAUCGGGUUCAUGGCUCACGAGCUCAAAGUCCCCAUCGAGCAAGUGGCCGACGAAGGUCCUGGGAUUGCGUUCGUGGUUUACCCGGAGGCCCUCACUCGUCUCCCGCUGUCUCCAUUCUGGGCCAUCAUCUUCUUCCUCAUGCUGCUCACACUGGGACUGGACACAAUGUUUGCGACGAUAGAAACGAUUGUGACGUCGGUGUCGGACGAGUUUCCCAAAUAUCUGCGGAAACACAAACCUGUGUUUACUCUGAUCUGCUGCUCCUCCUUCUUCAUCCUGGGCUUUCCCAUGAUCACAGAGAGUGGGAUGUACAUGCUGCAGCUGGUCGACACCUUCGCCGCCUCUUACUCCCUCGUCAUCAUCGCCAUCUUUGAGCUUGUGGGGAUCUCCUACCUCUACGGUCUGCAGAGGUUCUGUGAAGACAUUGAGAUGAUGGUCGGGUUUCAGCCCAAUCGCUUCUGGAGACUUUGCUGGGCCUUUGUCACUCCCACCAUCCUCACUGGGAUCCUCUUCCUGAGCCUGUACCAGUGGCAGACCAUGACGUAUGAGGACUACACGUACCCGGCCUGGUCCAUGGUCAUGGGGUGGCUCAUGGUCAUCUGCUCCGUCAUCUGGAUCCCCAUCAUGUUCCUCAUCAAGAUGCACCUGGCGCCCGGAUCCUUCUCGGAGCGGCUGAAGUUGGUGUGUUCGCCGCAGCCCGACUGGGGCCCGUUCCUCCUGAAGCACCGCGGAGAGCGCUACAAGAACAUGAUGGACCCACUGGGCACAAACUCACUGGGUCUCAAACUGCCGCCCAAGGACUUCCAGCUCGGAGCCUUCCAGUAG